AUGGAAGAUUUAUCUCCAUGGCAACGAGUUAGCUGUCUGCCGGUGAAGGAUUGUGAUCACAUGACUGCCAAGGGUCCUGUCCGCGGGGAUGAAUUGCAGAACGGGGGUUUUUUGGAAAAGAAUGGAGGCUCCGGUAGCGGCAGCGACGGCAGAUAUAUCGAGCUGCAAACGCUGCUCGACGUGGCAUUACUCAACUGUAAGCCGGAACAAUCCCCCAAUUUAUCCUAG